CAACUAAAUGACAGUGAAUGCGUGGAAUUUACUGACCGAUGAGWAGUUGUGUGUGAACACCAACGCAGAAAAAGAAUCAAUAAAAUACGCAUAAUUUAGCUAGCUACAAAAUUACUUUAUUAUAUCUGCCAAAAGAAAGCAACAAUGAUGAACGGAGAGAUGAACGGUUUUCACAACUCCCUUAUCGACGAGGACUGCUUCCUAUUCACCUCGGAGUCAGUUGGAGAAGGACACCCUGAUAAGAUUUGUGACCAGAUCAGUGAUGCUGUGCUUGACGCCCAUCUAAAGCAGGAUCCUGAUGCUAAAGUUGCUUGUGAGACUGUUGCUAAGACUGGGAUGAUCCUGCUGGCAGGUGAGGUGACGUCGCGUGCUACAGUGGACUAUCAGAAGGUUGUUCGCGACACUAUCCGCCACAUUGGAUACGAUGACUCCUCUAAAGGUUUUGACUAUAAGACCUGCAAUGUGCUGGUGGCCCUAGAGCAGCAAUCUCCAGACAUUGCCCAGGGUGUUCACAUUGACCGCAAUGAGGAGGAUGUUGGGGCAGGGGACCAGGGCCUGAUGUUUGGCUAUGCCACUGAUGAGACGGAGGAGUGCAUGCCCCUCACCAUUAUGCUUGCCCACAAGCUCAACGCUAAGAUGGCUGAACUGCGUCGCAAUGGCACCCUACCCUGGCUCCGGCCUGACUCCAAGACCCAGGUGACCGUUCAGUACCGCCAAGACCGUGGUGCCAUGUUGCCAGUGCGUGUCCACACCAUCGUGGUCUCUGUGCAGCAUGAUGAGCACAUCUGCYUGGACGAGAUGCGCGACGCUCUCAAGGAGAAGAUCGUCAAGGCUGUGGUGCCCUGCAUUUACCUGGAUGAUGACACCAUUUACCACAUGCAGCCCAGCGGCCGCUUCGUCAUCGGAGGCCCACAGGGUGAUGCUGGCCUGACGGGCCGUAAGAUCAUUGUUGAUACUUAUGGAGGCUGGGGUGCCCAUGGUGGAGGAGCCUUCUCAGGGAAGGACUACACUAAGGUGGACCGCUCUGCUGCCUACGCUGCCCGCUGGGUGGCCAAGUCUCUGGUGAAGGCUGAGCUGUGCAAGCGGGUCCUUGUCCAGGUUGCCUAUGCCAUCGGAGUAGCCCAUCCCCUAUCAAUCUCCAUUUUCCACUACGGCACAUCCCAGAAGAGUGAGCGGGAGCUACUGGACAUCGUCAAGAGAAACUUUGACCUUCGUCCUGGUGUCAUUGUCAGGGAGCUGGAGCUGAAGAAGCCUAUGUAUCAGAGGACCGCUGCCUACGGCCACUUUGGCCGGGACUCCUUCCCAUGGGAGAUGCCCAAAAAGCUAAAAUACUAAACUUGUGAAGCUUUCCCCCCCCAGGCCUGUUGGUGUAUACUACAGAGAAGCUUACAUGGUCUUGGGGGUGAAAGGCCCUUAACUCCCUUCCCUGUUAAUGGGGUAUUAGAACCCUACCCUCUUUCUACUUCCUCUCUCCAGUCAUCUGUACUGCAUUUUUGCUGUUAGUGGUCAAUGUAAUACUACCAACAUUCUCAAAAUAUUUCAGGAAAGUAAUGUUGAGAGGAUAAUAUGUUAGCUAGCUAAUCUCUUCCACCAGCUGUCUCGCUMUGUUGACUUGUCUGGUUUCACAGCGCAUCAGAAAGGGACUUGAAUGGAGGUUAUGGCAGGUGCGGACAACAAUUUCUGAUUUUAAUUGGCUGAUCAUCUAGCGCAACACUUAGAACCUCUUUCCCCCCCUACAUUGUGGACUUAAGUGUGAACAGUACAAGUGAUUUUUAACAAUUAAGUUAUAAAAAUCUGAAAGUACUUAUUAGGGUUUUGCAACUGUUACAAUAUUGAAUAUGAUUGACGGCGAUAUUGUGACGUGACCAAUGACUAGCCUAUUUCAACUUGACUGGCAUCACGCUGUAAAGAGCUGGCCAGGCAAGGACAUGCCAAGUGGCCUAUUCCUUUGCUAUAGCCUGCAUAACCUAUUUCAAUAAAUGUUGUAAGCAACUUACUGAAUGCAAGAGCAUAAUUUAGACGGGGCUAAGAUUUUCUUGCUUGGCUACCCAAACUCCUUGCUCCGGCCAAACACUACGCCACAGACGUAGUUUCUUCUCCGCACUGAGUUUGGAUACUUCACCGAUUUCUAGAACGCAUUCUAACUGGAAGGUAGCUGGAUUAAAUCUCCGAACUGGCAAGGUAAAAAUCUGUUCUGCCCCUGAGCAAGGCAGUUAACACACUGUUCCCCAGGCGCCGAUAACGUGGAUGUCGAUUAAGCCCCGCACCUCUGAUUUUAGARGGCUUUGGUUAAAUGCAGAGGACUCUUCAGUUAUACAACUGACUAGGUAUCACCCUUCCCUUUAAUUGGUCCCAGAAAACAAUGGGUUGGUCCAGAGCCAGAACACACCUGGGUAGCGAAUUGACUUUGGUAUUCUGAKUGGUUAGGGAUGAUAUAAUCACUGACUUUGUUUUGUUCAACACCCCAUUUUGAGGUCACCAAAACAACUUCAAUGAUGGCAUUCCGACUGCCGUAUGUCCAGUCGAAUUGUUUCCCCCAAUGUUGGAGGAUCUGGGCUAUAUAGCCGCAGCCUUUGUUUUUUUUGUUGCAGAGUUGGUGUUUAUUUUAAAGUAAAUUUUAUUUUUUCUCUACAUUUCGUAUGUAUAUGACUUCAGUUUUUAUGCGUGCAGGUUUUCUCCUGCCACUACUUCAAUGAAUUUAUCUAACGG